AUGGUGCUUGUUUAUAAUUCAUACUCAGACAACGAUGGAAAAAUAAGCAAGGCUGGUGCUAAGGAUUUGCUGCAUACACAGUUCCAGCAUUUCAUACAGGGUCAAGAUACAAAACCGAAGUACAAAGAACUAAUGGAAGACUUGGAAAAAGAUAGCGAGGAACUUAUGAGCUUUGAAGACUUUGUGGUGUUGCUGUUGAGUGUGUCGUUGAUGUCUGACCUCUUCCUGGAAAUCAGACAAACUAAGAGCACCAAAUAA